AUGCCUGGAAACCAGGCUGCAUCCCUAUCGCGGCCCAGACGAGGCCCGAACAUGGAUUGCAUAUCGAGUCCCAAAAAUUGCUUGAAAAUGCUUGAAAAUCAGGCUAUGUCCCUACAGCAGCUAGGACGCGUCUUGGACGUGGCUUGCACUUCAUGGCCAAAAACUUCCCGAAAAUGCCUGAAAACAAGAGAGUUCGUAGUGGGCUGUGAAAAUAAUUUAUGGGCAGUUCCAUCUUCUGUUGAUGAGUUCAACAAAUGGGCUAAGAAAACUCAUUUUCAGAUUGGGGAUUCUUUAGUUUUGAAGUAUAAUUCCAAGACUCAUUCAGUGCUGGAAGUGAACGAGGAAGGCUACAAAAUCUCCAACAAUGCCAAUCUAAUAAAAUCACACAAUGAUAGAGAAACUACAAUUUCACUAGAAAAAUCAUGUCUAUUUUUCUUCAUCAGUGGAGCUGAAGAACAUUGCCAGAAGGGUCAAAGGCUAGAGGUUAUGGUUCUGUCCGAAAAAAAUGGCUUCGGCCACCAAUCUACAGCAAAGGAACCUUCUUCUCAACAUCACCUCACCACUACCAUGCAUCGACGCUAG